AUGUCGGCCGCUGGAAGUCAUGUCACCUAUUCUAGUUCUGUUCUCAAGGAACGGGACCAAGUCAUCAUCGACAAAUACGAGAAGGAGAAGGCCGAACUCGAGCGGAAGAUCCAACGAAUAAAAUUCGCCCAUGAUGGGACGACAAAGCAGCUCUUCGACGCCAUUCACCGUACGGAACGAAUCGCACAGUCUCUUGGCUUUCAGGACAUCUACGAAGCCCAAGUGGCAAUCGACUCUGGCGACUACGAUGUCUCGUAUCGAGAGUGCUUUGAGCGCAUACAAGUGCUUGAGACGCAGCUGGCGAGGCAGAGGAAGAAGCUGGAUCCUCUGGAGCUGCAAUUGCUCACGCUGGAGGAUGAGAACAGGGCCCUGCAGGCAAGAGUCAAGGAAACUGAAGACGAGGUUCUCAGGCUGAAGAUCGAGCUGGAGCGCGUCAGAUCUGAGAAGGAGCUUUCUGAAGCUCGGUACGACGAGAUCAAAGCCGUGAAAGAACGUGCUGCAGAGCGGUACAAGGCUGACUUCAAGAAGUGGCGGGACUUCAGUCGGUGGCUCUUCGCGGAGGACGAAGACCGUCGGAAGCAGCGGAAUGAGCCUGGAAUCACCGUCGAGGAGAAGAAGAGACGCGACAAUGCUAGCCUUAUGCGCAAGAGGGAGAUGAUGAUUGAAUUAGGCCCUGAUGUCGCUCGCUUUCCUGGAGAGCCCGACGAGCAGGAAGAUACGAACACACCACGACGCCCACCGCCCAUUGGCCGUACAGAGAUGGAAUCCGAUGACAAAGAGAACGAGGGAACGCCCGUUCCGCCCCCACAGAAGAGGAAGGCAGCUUUAUUAGACAGUACUACACCCAACGCGACACCUCCCACACUCCUCCGCGAUACCCUCCUCAAGUCAGUUACCAACAUCGCUGCUCCAUCCUCGUCACCGACAGUUUUCCUUUCGCCGUCGAGGACAACUACGCCCACUUCGACUCGCGUCCCUCUCUCCUUCAAGCCCAUUCCAGAUACUGUUCAGGUCGACGCAGAACCCUCAUCAACACCUAGCCCGAUCGGUGGCAGCUCGUUCCGUCGUUCCUUGCAACAUCUGCCAAGUUCGUCCGACACAGAAGAUGAUUCCCAAGCUGUCUACGUUCCUUCUACCAACCCACGUUCCGGGAAGCCAGCAGUAUUCAAGGUGCCAGCAGCUCCGCUCUCAGUGAAACGAACCAACGUCGAUUCGCUCUCACUCAGGACCAGUUUACAUGCUCGCCCCUCAUUCGCUAAAGAAAGCCGACCAACGCCAACGCUCUACCGCUCAGAAAGGCUGCGCCAGAGAGAAUCAGAACAAGACGAUGACCGACCCUCCAAGAUGCGUCGUCUGGCUGUCAGCGAUAUCGACACGUCUAGUUGCAGCUCGAGGACCUCACUGACUGACUACCCGUUUGCGACACGGAAGGGCAAAGAGCGCGACAACGACGUGUCGACGCCGUCAACCACGGCUCAGAAACAACAAGGCGACUACGCUGCCUUCAAAGGACAUGGGCGAUAUGGUAAAAGUGCCGAAGGGGCUGGGACAACGAUCAACGCGCUGUACAAGGUUAACCCUACGCAUAACGGUGGAAAGGACUACCAGUACGACACCGUAGUUCGCAACAAGGACGAACGGCGGAAGAUGGACGCCGACGACUGUGAAUGUUGUCGCGAGUACUACAAAUCAGUCGGACCUUUACCGAACCGGCUGCAGCAGCCUCUGUGGCGGUCUCCGCCUACGACGCCGGCUAAACCGUGUCCGCGGCACUCCCACUCCCCUGAGCAUAGCAGGUCGAGACGCGACGCGGAGAUCAACUCGCACAAGAAGGCGAUCUCACGGCACCGACACACGUGGGCCCGCGCGAACACGCCACCUGGGUACUGGGAGAUUGGCUUCCCGAACACUCAGGAGGUUGGCGAUAUCAACGAAAAGGCGAAGGAAAUGCACCUGCGGAAGAAGGACGAGGUUGCGAGGGAGGCGCUCAGAGAGGGAGGGAAGUACCGGCGGAGGUAG